AUGUUAGAUAAUAAUAAUAAACUUUAUGAAUUGGAAAAGUUUAGUUUUAUAGACGAGCGAAGUGUUAAAAACAUAUUAGUCGAUAAUACAUUAGGUAUAAGAUGCGUUAUACCUAAUAAUUAUUUUAUAUGGGAAGCAACGAGGCCCGUAACGGAUUGUAGCAUGUGCGAAAACGUUACGGAAGUUUUAAAUUUGCAAAAUUGCAGUCGCGAACAAUUUGCAAAAUAUGCAUACACAUCAAAACCACUCGUAAUAAGAAAUGCGGCAUCACAUUGGCCGGCCAUGAAAAUUUUUAAUUUUAAAUUUUUUAAAGAACUUUUCGAAAACAUCGAAGGGUCUUAUCAGAGCGUCGAAGAUGAGUGUCAAUUUUUGACUUUUAAAACUGAAUUUAUAAGUUUGAAAGAGGUUUUUAACAUGAGCAAAAAAAGAGUGGAAAAUGGAAAAGGAGAAAAACCCUGGUACGUCGGUUGGAGCGUUUGUCAUUCUGAAAUGUUAGCAAAAAUGAGAGAAUAUUAUCCUCGUCCACAUUUUUUCCCAGAGGAAGCCGAGCAUAGUCAUUUGGAUUAUAUAUUCAUGGGGUACCAGCAAGGUGCUGUUAUGCAUCUUGAUUAUAUUAGCAGACUCAUGUGGCAAGCACAAAUCAUUGGCCGUAAAACAUGGAAGUUGGUUCCUCCUCCAGAAUGUGAUAAUAUAUGUAACAAAAUGACCGUCACCGUGGAACCUGGUGAUAUAGUUCUUCUGGAUACUAGACAAUGGUAUCACGAUACAACGAUAGAAGAUGGACAAUUCAGUUUGACCGUCAGUUCCGAAUAUGGUUAA